GAGCUCGGCACGAGGCGCCAUGUCCGAGACCGCUCCCGUCGCCGCGCCUGAAGUCGCCGCUCCCGUCCCGGCUCCGGCCAAGGCCGCCGCCAAGAAGCCGAAGAAGGCGGCGGGCGGCUCCAAAGCCCGCAAGCCGGCGGGCCCCAGCGUCACCGAGCUGAUCACCAAGGCCGUGUCCGCCUCCAAGGAGCGCAAGGGGCUCUCCCUCGCCGCCCUCAAGAAGGCGCUGGCCGCCGGCGGCUACGAUGUGGAGAAAAGCAACAGCCGCAUCAAGCUGGGGCUCAAGAGCCUCGUCAGCAAGGGCACCCUGGUGCAGACCAAGGGCACCGGCGCCUCCGGCUCUUUCCGCCUGAGUAAGAAGCCGGGAGAAGUGAAGGAAAAAGCCCCCAAGAAGCGGGCGGCCGCUGCCAAGCCCAAGAAGCCGGCGGCCAAGAAGCCCGCCAGCGCCGCCAAGAAGCCCAAGAAGGCGGUGACCGCGAAGAAGAGCCCCAAGAAAGCCAAGAAGCCGGCGGCUGCCGCGACCAAGAAAGCGGCCAAAAGCCCCAAGAAAGCGACAAAGGCUGCCAAGCCCAAAAAGGCGGUGGCAGCAGCGAAGAGCCCGGCCAAGGCGAAGGCGGUGAAGCCCAAAGCAGCCAAGCCCAAGGCGGCCAAAGCGAAGAAGGCAGCGCCCAAGAAGAAAUAAAUGGUCCUAAAACAAUCCCGUCUGCCUUGCAGAUAAACCCAACGGCUCUUUUAAGAGCCACCCAAGCGUUCUUAAAAAGAGCUGAAACUUUUUUUUACGUUUUCUGUUCUGUGCCUGUGCGCGCAAUUUUAACUUCCCUUCUUUGGCACCGCUGUUUAAUUAAGGUCGAUCCGGUAACAGCACAAACCUCAGCGCUGUUGCUCUCCGCCGGUGCCUGGCAGCACCGCAGUAGUGUUCACCGCGGGACAGCUCGUUUCAGCACACCCCCGCGGGCGUGGGUGCAAAUAGCUUCCCGUCAGCCGCCUGAAAUCGCUGUGAGCCCAAAUUCCCCGUGGAAGUCGGGUACCGCUCACGGCACCCCGGCUUCUGGCGGGAGCGGGACGCUGCGGUUCCCCCGAGCAGCCGGGGGACGAGGCGCCGCGCUCCCGCCCGCUCCCCGGAGCUCUGCCGAUUUCGAAAAGCCCGCGCUGCGCAGAGAUUGGCCGCGACCCUUGGUUUUUUCGGCUGCCCAGCAAUUUUCGGGUUAAACAGAUGCUCUACAUUUUAUUUUCACUCUGCGGAAGAGGUUUAUGAACAUCCAGGGUACGUGCUUGCCUCCCCGCCCACGGGCUUUUUCACUCACAGUUAAGUUCUGCCUUUUGCAAGCUCGUCCCUUCCCUGGAAAUGGCAGGGCGAGCGGGAUCCGAGGGGCACGGGUGUUUCCAGCUGCCGUUCGAGCCGUCCUUGGUGCUGCACCCCGGUCCUCGACUUUGGUGCUGAACCUCCCGCGCCUCACAGCUGCCGGGCCGGGUUCUAGCCGGGUGCCGGGGGUUCAUUUCGGCAACGGAGCCUCUCGGAAGCUGCGCUGGGCGCGGUAGGAAACCGCGCAGGUCGGAGCCCCACUCGCGUCUUCCCCCGCCUGCCCCCCAGCCGUGCAGCCGCCUCCUUUUCCCAGUGACUCCACCGUACUCUGCUUCCCACCGCCUUUUCGGCACUCAAGGCAUGCCCGUCGCUCCGCUUGGCUGUACCCGGGCGCCGGCAGCGAGGGGCAGUCGGGGAGAGGUGAGGGGGGAAGGGCCGUUUCCUCACGUCAGUCCCAGUGCCGGUACCCCAGCCUCCCCAGCGGGCAGGAGAACGGGGAAUUUCGUGGAACUGCCUGUUCACCUCUCAACAAAGACGUUUGAUCUCGAGUCCGUAGCUGUUUACCUCGUAUAUCUGAAGGGGUUACCCAGAAACGAUGUCCCUACGGUUUGGAGGAGAAAGGGUGGGAUCGUAUUUCACUGGUGCUUGUGUUUUGCAGACACUGUCCACGUCCUAAAUCCCUGUACUAAAAGGGAAAGAAAUACAAAAAAAAAAAAAAAAAAAAAAAAAAAAGAGCAAGCCUAAUUUUAAGCCCUACUGCUGAAACGCUGUUCUUACUCUUCCUCUGCAUUGCCUCUUAGGGUGCAUCCAACUUUUCAGUCCUUGCUCGGGUUUAUGACCUCUUCCUAAAUCCAACACAAACCUGCAUGCACAUCCCACUUUUUUUUUUUUUUUUUUUUUUUCUGAAAUUAUCAGGCUGUGUCCCUACACCUUGACAGCCCGAGCUCCUGAGCUCACGUGCCUGUGCUCCUGUCUGGGAUGGAGCUGUGCCUCCCAGUUAUGACAAGCGAAGGGUGUUGGGAGUCACACCUGCCAAUUCUCAAAGGGUUUCACCCAACCAGGUGCACUGACCUGAGAAGAGUGGGUCAGCUGUGAUUUUCCAGCCUGCUACAACUAGUCAGAGGGGAGUAGAUUUUGACUGGGUACAGUCAAACAGCAUGUACGGUGCUGUAGUAAACGUGAUAUUAAUGGUUCAUUUAUUUCUUUACAGCUGAAACUGAAAAGGCAAAACCUAGCUGCAGUAACAUGGGCAAAACUGUACCACAUUCAUCCCUGCUAAUUAAAUUGACCUUGGCGGGACAGCCCUGGAAUGAACAUUUCGGCACCUGGAAUGGGUCAGGUGGAGAGGGAACGCAUCUCACUUUUGGACAUCCUUUUUGGACAUCUGGGCAUUAAUUUAUCUUCUCAAACCUGCUAAGAUGCCUCAUGAAACUGAGGAAAGAAGGAAAAGAGAUGAGCUUUGCUCAGUAUCUUCCAAGACACACCGUAUGCUAAGAUGUGCAGCUUGAAGAGGACUUGGGACACGUGCUGAUAAUGAUAAAUCAAACCUCAAAACAACUAAGAUGGCCUAAUGUUGUUUUGUUUUGUCUUUUUGUAAUGCUGAUGAACUGGUCAGUUUCUGGACCUUGGGUACAUUUCUUACAAGGAACAUCUUCAUUGCCCAUCAUGCCCCUAUCUCCAUCUCUCUCUCAGCUGGGUGUCCUUUUCUAAGAACCAAUGAGCAGAAACUUCCCCAGACAUUUCCUACCACAUUCAGGGGUUUUAUUAACAUCCCAAAAUAGGAUUCCAACUAGACUUUUGUAUUAAAUGACAGGACAUUUCCAUGGCCAUGCAGCUUCUAUUUAUUGAACUUUUUAUAUAGGUUAUUUCACAUCCCGAGCCUGUUGUACGUUAGCGAACGAUUUGACGUGGAGAACUGAGCUCCUGGUAGUCAAAGAGGAAGUGGCUUAACAGGAGGCAAAAAAAAAAGGCCGGUGUUCAGUGAGCGGCUUUAAUUCAACAGAAAACACAAGCAUCCACUUUAUGAUUUUAAAUACUAAUUUGCUCAAAAAUUAAAAGGAAGGUCAAAAAAUGGGUUCAGAAUUGCAAAUUAUUACAAGGAAGGCCUGCUUUCAUUGGUUUUCUCUUCCAUAGGGUUAACUUUUUAUUUCAUAGAUUUACUUAGUUAAUGGUGGUAUCAAAAGUCUGUGAUGUUGCAGCGUUAGAAAUAGAAAUGGAAAAAGAAAGUAAUGGCAAAUGAAUAAGUGAGUUAGAUAAAGGUCUACAUAUAGCAACCUGGUUGCUACGUAGGUCUCAGCAACCUGGCAAGAAUUCUGAAGUAAAGUUACUCCCUUAGAGAAUAAUAAAUCAUGUGGUACUGAUGAACACUUUAUUAUAGGGUUAUAGGAUUUUUCAUUGGCAUUAGUCACCACAAAGCCAGAUUGCCUGUCAGAUUACCACAAAACCAGGUCAUUUCUGGAAAUGUAUGUCUUUAUCUUUUUGCUGUCUCUUAGUGGGUCCUGUUACUCCUGGCUUUUUGUGUACCUCUGCCUCUUUUACUGUAGUAGUUGUCAGGCGAGAGUAAGUUUAUUCUGCAUGGCCUCAGCUUGUCUUUGAAAAACAAUAAAAAGGUUCCUCUUAGAAGCUCACUCUAAAAAUGUCA